AUGAUCAUUGAGAAUUAUACUUUGUUUAUGGACUUUGUAUUCUUAGGGCUUUCUGAGAGACAGGAUGUUCAGCAAGGGCUCUUUGUGUUUUUUCUCCUUGUUUAUGGUAUCACUGUGAUUGCCAAUCUAGGGAUGAUCCUGCUGAUUCACACGGACUCCAGACUUCACACACCUAUGUAUUAUUUCCUGAGCAACCUGUCUUUCUCUGAUGUGUGCUAUUCCUCCACUGUUUCUCCCAAGAUGAUGGUUGAUUUCUUAUCUGAGCAAAAGAGGAUACCAUAUAAUUUAUGUGCCUUUCAGAUGUACUUUUUUGGAGCCUUUGCAGAUGUAGAAUGUCUCAUGUUAGCUGUCAUGGCCUAUGAUCGAUAUGCUGCCAUUUGCAAUCUACUUCGAUAUACAAUUACAAUGUCCAGAAGGAUCUGCACCCAGCUGGUAGCUGUUGCUUAUGGUGUAGGCCUGGUGGAUUCAGCCAUCCACACUUGCUGCACAUUUCGAUUGUCCUUCUGUAAGUCCAAUGUGAUCAACCACUUCUUCUGUGACAUCCCACCCUUGCUAGCUCUCUCCUGCUCAGAUACCUCCAUCAAUGAGAUAGUGAUGUUCACAUUCAUUGGCUGUGUUGUGGGAUGCAGUAUCGUCACUGUCCUCUUCUCCUACAUCUAUAUCCUAGCUACCAUCUUUAAGAUGAAGUCACCCCAGGGCAGACACAAAGCCUUCUCUACCUGUGCCUCACACCUAAUAGCGGUGGCUAUAUUUCACGGCACACUCCUAUUCAUGUAUUUCCGACCUAGCUCAAGUUACUCAAUGGAUACAGACAAAAUGGCAUCUGUUUUCUAUACUGUAAUGAUCCCUAUGUUAAACCCACUGAUCUAUAGCUUACGAAAUAAGGAUGUUAAAGGAGCUUUCAGAAAAGCAAUCAGCAGUAAAUGGUGUCCCAGGUAA